UCAAAAUUUUGUUAUUCAACAAAAGCAAAUUCUACAACUUUUUCUCAAUCUUUGUCCCCCAAAAGUUGAUGAUCAAAAAGACCAAAAGUUGAAACCCUCCAAAUUUGGUGAUAAUGAUGUUGUUUUUGGAUGAUUAUUUAUGUUGUCUUCCAUCAAUGAUCGUCGCCAUGAUUUUGGAUCAAUGUCAUCGCCACCGCCAUUGCCGGAAAUUGUUCUUAUAGCUUCCCCUGACGGUCCACUCACCGCCUAUGAUCCCUACUCAGGGACUGUUUUAGCUCGCUUUAAUGGCAGCCGAUGUCCACGUAAUGGCAUCGCCAUUGUCGGAAAAGAUCUAUUCGCCGUUUCUCAUGUUUCGCCGGAAACUGGUGCAGGUUCUGUUCGUUUUUAUUACUGGUGGUCUCCCUCGUGUACGCAAAAUGUUCCUCUUCCUGAACCUGUUGCUCCACUUGCUGCUACCGUCGACGGAUCGUAUCUAUUCGCCGGUGGAAUUUCCGGCAGGAUUCAUGCGGUGUCGGUACCUUCUGGAGUCGUAAUCCGGUCAUUUUCUGCUCAUGAAAAACCGGUAACUUGCUUUGCACGCAAUUUUGACGGAUCGUUGAUUCUCUCCGGGAGUGACGAUGGAACGAUAGCUGUUCUUCCUAUAUUCCUGCUUCUAGAUGCUUCCUUUGAUACAGAAUCGAGAUACUCGAAUUUCAACAGGUUGAUCGGACAUGAAUCGUCGGUGACGGGAUUAACCGCAGGGAUUGGAAGUUCCGGUAGCAUCAUGAUCUCGAGUUCCUUGGAUUGGACUUGUAAGAUUUGGAGCCUCGUGAGCGGGAUCCAUCUCCAGACGGUGAAAUUUCCGUCACCGGUGUGGUGCACGGCGUUAGAUCCGUCGGAGACGGAGUUAUACGCUUCAGGAACAGAUGGAGUGAUAUACAAAAGAAGGCUUAAAGUAGCGACGAGAAAACAGGUUGCAAAAGGAGGAGAGACGGUGGUGUGGGGCGGAGUCCACGGCGGAGGAGUGGUGGCGAUGGAGAUGUUAAAUUACGGACGUACUCUUUUGACGGUUUGUGAGAACGGAGGGAUUUGUGUAUGGGAAGUGGAAGGUGGUAAGAUGAUAAGUGGUUUUGGGGAGAAGAUCGGAGGAGUGAGCGGAGUUGUGGUGGCGAGAGGCGGUGGUGGCUUUGGAAAGAGAGGGGAAUGGGGCGGUUAUUGGGGCGGGAAGGAGUUAGGUAAGGCGGUGACGGCGGUUGCGGAAAUGGAGGAGGUUUUGAAAGUGGUGGCGGAGGACCGGAGGAGGGCGAUCAGCAACCUGGAAUCGGCGAUUGAGAUGAAUGAAAGGUUGCUGAAGCUGAUGCUGAGGGAAGCAAAAACAAUUGCCAAAUUUGACCAAUCAAAUCGUAAUAUUAACAUUUUAAACAACAAAUAA